AGCCCACGAUGUAACGGGAUAACGACACUCUGUUUUACGUGUAAACUUUGUAUGGAUACGAGCCGUGUUGUCGUUUAAAAUACAUCAUAGGUUGUGGAAAGUAGGCGUAUACUGUUCAGGUUAGGUUUUGUUUUCGUGCCACGUUUUCCAGCAUGAGAGAAAUUGCUGUUUAAUUCCGCUUUUGGAACUUAAUGGACUUGGGAGUGAUGAGUGAAACGCGCGCACGUUUUUCGUCCCGAGACACUCCAAAAUUGUAAAUUAGUAUUUUUGUAUAUUUUUCGUUGGAUUUUAUUGAGCUACACACUACAGAGGAUGGCUGAACACGAGAGCCUGGAGUUUGGGAAGGCUGACUUUGUUCUGUUGGACAAUGUUUCUAUGGAGGAGUUCAUGGGCAACCUCAAACUCAGGUUUGAGAAGGGCAGGAUCUACACGUACAUUGGAGAAGUGGUGGUGUCUGUUAACCCUUACCGUGCCAUGAACAUCUACGGCCGUGACACCAUAGAGCUGUAUAAAGGGCGCGAGCUGUACGAGCGCCCACCGCACCUGUUCGCCAUCGCUGACGCUGCGUACAAAGCCAUGAAGAGGAGGAGCAAAGACACUUGUAUUGUCAUCUCAGGGGAAAGUGGAGCAGGAAAAACAGAGGCCAGCAAAUACAUAAUGCAAUACAUCGCUGCUAUCACUAAUCCUAAUCAAAGGGCUGAAGUCGAAAGGGUAAAAAAUAUGCUGCUGAAAUCCAAUUGUGUCCUGGAGGCCUUUGGAAAUGCCAAGACCAACCGUAACGACAACUCCAGCCGCUUUGGGAAAUACAUGGACAUCAACUUUGAUUUCAAGGGUGAUCCAAUCGGAGGCCACAUCAACAACUACCUGCUGGAGAAGUCCAGAGUAAUUUUCCAACAAGAAGGAGAGAGGAGCUUCCAUUCUUUUUAUCAGUUACUCAAAGGAGCUCCAGAAUCCUUACUACGAUCUCUUCACAUCCAGAAAGACCCAAAAGCAUAUAACUAUGUCAAAGUCGGAGGCCAAAUAAAGUCGGGCAUUAACGAUAACGCAGACUUCAAAGCUGUGGCCGACGCCAUGAAAGUGAUCGGCUUCACAGGGGACGAGAUCCAGACCGUGUACAAGAUCCUGGCCGCCAUCCUGCAUCUGGGUAACCUAAACUUUGGCAUGGAUGGAGACGUGACCCUCAUAGAAAACGCAAAGCUGGUGUCUGUACUCAAAGAUCUGCUCUCCACCAAAGAGGAGAACGUGGAAAAAGCAUUACUGUAUCGCACAGUCGCCACCGGAAGAGAUGUGAUCGAAAAACAGCACACUGUACAAGAGGCCAGCUACGGAAGGGACGCUCUGGCCAAGGCCAUGUACGAGCGCAUGUUCUGUUGGAUCGUGGGUCGAAUCAACGACAUCAUCGAGGUUAAAAACUACGAUGCCAAUGUUCACGGAAAGAACACCGUGAUCGGGGUGCUGGACAUUUACGGCUUUGAAAUUUUCCAAAACAACAGUUUUGAACAGUUCUGUAUAAACUACUGCAAUGAGAAGCUGCAGCAGUUGUUCAUCCAGCUGGUGUUGAAGCAGGAGCAGGAGGAGUAUCAGAGAGAGGGAAUACCAUGGAAACACAUUGAUUACUUCAAUAACCAGGUCAUCGUGGACCUGGUGGAGCAGCAGCACAAAGGGAUCUUCUCCAUCCUGGACGAGGCCUGUAUGAACGUGGGAAAAGUCACUGAUGAGGUUUUCCUUCAAGGACUCAACGUAAAACUGGCCAAGCAUGCCCAUUACACCAGCCGCAAGCUCGCACCAACUGACAAGAAUUUGGAGUUUGACAGAGAUUUCCGCAUCAGACAUUAUGCUGGUGAUGUCGUAUACUCUGUGGUUGGUUUUAUUGAUAAGAACAAAGACACUCUGUUCCAGGACUUCAAGAGACUCCUCUAUAACAGUUCCAACUCGGUGCUUAAAGGGAUGUGGCCGGAGGGAAAGCUUCGGAUCACGGAGGUCACCAAACGACCCCUCACCGCGGCAACGCUCUUCAAAAACUCCAUGAUCUCACUGGUGGAGAACCUGGCCUGCAAGGAGCCCUAUUACGUCCGCUGCAUUAAGCCCAACGAUGUGAAGUCCCCCCUCCUGUUUGAGCUGCAGCGCUGUCAGCACCAGGUGGAGUACCUGGGUCUGCUGGAGAACGUCCGUGUGCGCAGGGCUGGGUUUGCGUACAGACAGACCUACCCCCGCUUCCUACAGAGAUACAAGAUGAUCUCAAAGUUCACUUGGCCCAAUCAUGAUUUGGGUUCAGACAAAGCAGCGGUGAAGAGCCUACUGAAAUCCUGUGGGUUUGAGCACGACGUCGCGUACGGCAACACCAAAGUCUUCAUCAGGACCCCCCGCACCCUGUUCAACCUGGAGGAGCAGAGGGCGGAGAUGGUCAAGAGGAUUGUCCUGUUUCUACAAAAGGUAUGGAGGGGAACUCUGGCCAGAAUGAGGUAUCGCCGUAUGAGAGCAGCCCUGAUAAUCCUGCGAGCCUACAGACGCUACAAAGUGAAGUCCUACAUAAAGGAAGUGAACCGGCGCUUCAGAAAUGUCAAAAACAUGAAAGACUACGGCAGACACGUGAAGUGGCCCACACCUCCAAAAGUACUGCGCAAGUUUGAGGAAGCCCUGCGGAGCAUCUACAACAGGUGGUGGGCUUGGACGCUGAUCAAAAGCCUUACACCAGAGGAGGCGCUGCAGGUGAGGGCGAAAGUAGCAGCAUUUGAAGCACUCAAGGGCCACAGGAGUGACUUGGGACUGCAGCGUUCCUGGGAGGGGAACUACCUGAAGCGAGACAGUCCCGAUACAGCUUCAUCUUUCACAUUGGUCUCCAGCGAACUGCAACGAAGAGACAAGUUUAUGAGAGUUUUGUUCUCCUGUAAUGUUCGAAAGAUCAACCGUUUUAACAAAGCAGAGGAUCGCACCGUGCUCAUUACUGACCGCCACCUGUACAAGAUGGAUCCUGUGAAGCAGUAUAAGACAAUGAAGAGCACCCCCCUCUACAACGUGACGGGAGUGAGCGUUUCCCCGGGGAAGGACCAGCUGGUGGUCUUUCACACUAAGGACAGCCGAGACCUGGUGGUGUGUCUGCAGGGCCUGGUCCCACCCAAUGAAAGCCGCAUCGGGGAGCUGGUCGGGACCCUGCUCAGCCACUUUAAGAGCGAGAAGAGGAAGCUACAGGUCAACGUGGCCAGUCCCAUCCAGUGCAGCAUGAACGGGCGAAAGUGCACUAUCAUCGUCGAACCCAAAAUCAACCAAUCACAGCCCGACUUCACCAAGAGCCGCUCCGGGUACAUUCUGUCUGUACCAGGAAACUAGGAAAAUGGCAUAAACAUGAGAAAACAACAGCAGAUUUCAAACUAAGCCGUCCGUGUGCUAUAACAAUGAUUCACGUAUGAUUCAUGUACAUAUGAGAGGUCGCUGACUAUGACAGGAUAGCAGCGCUGUGAGCAAACUGUGCUAAUUGAAUCCUUUAAUACAAGCCAAAUUUAUUGUGUUUCUAUGCAUCGAUCAAGCUAUUUAAAACCUGUGUGCACUACAAGAGCUACCAAAGUGUGUCUGGAGUAAGUUGUGUGUGGAUUUCAAUCAGGCAUAAUAUUAUAACAGGUGACAGUUUUACAGUGGGUUUAUUAUCUCCCAAUUAAACCUGUUGUAGUUAUGGAAGAUGUUAUUUGAAGCAAGAAUAUUGGGCGUGCUUGUCUGAAAUGUUUCACAGUAUGACAUUAAAACUUUCUAUCUUCAUGCAGAUCAAACCAGGCCAAGUUACAGGUCAGAUCUGUGGAGAGGCGACCCCGCUCACAGUCAGAAUGCCAGUUUUCUAGGUAUUUUUUGAGCUUUAAAACUUGUAAUUUAAUGCAUUUAAGGUAGAUGCGUUUAAUGUCAUAUUGUGGAACAUUUUAAGCAGAGCAAUGAGUUGUCCAUAGAAAUAAAUACGUGAUGGACACCCAACCAAAAAGUUACAUAGUGCACCUUUAGGGAUUAAUUCAUGAUUCACUUACAAAAAAUGACUUUAAAGCGGCAUUAGGUAACUUUAAGCAAGAUAAAUUAGUUUAUACUUUAUACUGUGGAACAUUGUGACCAUUUUCCAGUAUUUUUUGUUAAUCCAAAGCUAAAUUUUAGAUUGGAUUCUACUUUAUAUGUAUUUUCCAUAUACAUAUACAAGUAUUUGAGUGGAAAAAGAUGAAAUAAUUUAUCUAUUUCAGUGCUUUUUUAUGUUGUUAAAAGCCAAAUAGCACGUCAGUGGUAUCAAUGCAUUCCCAAAACUGAUCUAAAACGAACAAAGGAAGGAUAAAAUAACAUUAGACAAGUGGUCAUAAUAUUAUGCCUGAUCUGUGAAUACAUUCUGAAAGGUGAAAGGAGAUUAUGCAGAACCAAUAUUGCAUAAAUAAUGAAAAAUCCACACGCUUUGCAGAAUUAUAAUCCAUGCAAAAGUAAUUGAGGUAUGGAGAAAAAAAACCUGAAACCCUCAAAAAGGAACCAGUUUCGAAAAGGGCAUAUUGUAAUUGACUUAAUACCUGUCUGGUAAAUAAUGAAAAGUAGAAUAUAAUCUUAUGUGUUUACAGUCACAUAUGGGGAUUUGAGUAAGAUUAUUGUUGUUGUUCCUUGUUGUAACUUUGCAGUCUGUGAUGUGUUGAACAUAUCUUUGACACUGCAUAGUUGUACAUGCACAAUAUAUAUUAAUUUAAUUUCUGCAUACAUAUAUUUACUGCUACUUUGAAAAUCUAUACUAAUUAUAUAUGUAGUAAAAUAUAUUCAAGGAUUAUGUGUAUGAUGAGCACUUAUACGCCUAUGAGGGAUAUACCUGAACAAUGUUGUAUUUUCAAUGCAUAUGUUUAUAUUUGAUCAUUAUGACGUACUGCCAUAGUGUUUGGGGCCAGUCAGUAUAAUUAGUUUGUGUUUUUUUUUCUGUUAAUUGAAUUGCCUAACGACUUCCAAUUCCCUGGAAAAGCCUGCAAUUUGACUAAUAUCCUCUGUUAGAAACAACUGGGUUUGAGAUCAGAAUAAAGAGCCCAUAUUGCACUAUUUUCUGAUCGAUGUUAUCAUGUUGUUUCCUUAUCAAAAAUAUACCUGGAGUUGUGUUGUUGUGUUUUAUUCACACGUUUUUAACACACCCUGCAUAUUUAGGCUGAGUUUUUCUCUCAAAACACAACUUCAGGUUUGUCUUUGAGGAGGUAACAACGCCCUAACAUGGCUUAAAGCUCACAAGAGUCCAUUUUGCGUAAUAUAGAACCUUUAGCGAAAGAACAAAUGUUUAAAUACAGUUUGACAAGUCUAAUAUAAAGUUUGAUUGUAAUAAAGACUCAGAAAGUAUCAGUCAAUGCAAGCCAUUUUAGCACUCCAGGUCUCUUGUCUCACACUAUACUAGAUUUAACUCUGUUUUCAUCAAACGUUCAUUACAAUCUGUUGUUUUGCAAUAUGUUUGGUGCAGACAUUUAUUUCGUAUUUUAAUUUGUAGUUUUAUUCAACACAAAUAAUAGAGCUAUAACUUGGUGUUCCCUUUUUCAAUAUUGUUUUGUAUUUUUCCAGCACAGACUUUCAGACAGUCUUUUCUCUCCAAAUUGCAUUUUCUUGUUGCCCAUAACUCCUCCGUGUUCUUUCUGUUCUGUUACCUGACUAUGAAAACACAUAAUGAACCAACAUAAUAUUACAACAUUUUUCAAACAAAAAAUUAUGGACAAAAUUACCCCAACUAUUCUAAAAGGUGCAAUAUAUAUUUACUAUUGUGACAGUAACUCAGUUGGUGGAGCGUUUGCCCACUGAUCCGAAGGUUGGUGGUGCAUUUCCAGCUCUCACAGAUGAAUGUUGUCCUUGGGCAAGACACUUAACCCACCAGGCCCCCAGUGUCUGUGUGUACACUGGUUUAUAAAUGUGUGUGUGUGAAUGGGUGAGUGGUUCCUUGAUGUGAAAUGCCUUGAGUGCCUUGAAAGCGCUAUAUAAAAAUGUGACCCUUUACAAUAGUUUUUUUUAACUUUGGUUCAUAUAAAGAUUUGAUUUUGAUUGAUUUUGAUUUGAAAAAGAUUGGAUAACUGUAUGUUUAUUCACAAACAUACAUGUCAAGAUGUGUUUAUUUUACUAAUUUGCAAUUGAUCUUCCUCAUUUUGUUGUGUAUAAUUGUCAAAAGCAAACAUUUACCCUCCAAAUUUUCUCACAAAACUCACAAAAAUUCUUCCAGAUACCAGAGUCUUUGAACAUCUUGAGAGGAAGUCCUAGCCCACAGAUAUGAACCCAGUCUCCCAAGGUGUCUGUCCCAGUUGCUAUUUCCCCGCUACAUUAAGGUUAACUUCCUAACCGCAUUUGCAUCCUUAAUUAUCUCAAAUAAGUCAUUUAUCUUAAUUAGUAUAUUCACCGUCCAACAACAACACUUUUUUGUCUGCGUGUGAGGUGAAGACACUGCAGGUAAAAGCAGUAAUGAUAGACGGAUUUGAAAGAGGGCGAGUGUGUGUGUGUGUGCGCUUGGGCCGAUGGAUGUGUCUAUCCCCGGGCUUCGUUCGGUCCCACAGGCCUCCUCUCCCCGCUCUCCACCAUCAUCAUUAGACUAGACUACACAUCAUGUCUCACUUCAGUGCCCCUUGCAGCGUUUAGUUCAGGAAACCAGGGAUGUGGGUGAACAAAGGAUCUCGCUUUCUCUCGCUUUAUUUCCUUUAAUCCUUUACAGCUACGCUAUCGGUCUAAUGUUAGAACCGUGGACUGUAUAAAGAAGUGGACUGAGGGAGUGUGACGUCACAUGUAGCGUUCAGCUCCAGCUAGAAAUAAAGCUCACGGAAACUGCAGUUAAAGAUGCAAAUUAAUACAAACAUUUUAAGACUAAAAACUGCAGUUACAGAGAGAGAGAGACACCAAUUUUUCAAUGUCUAGUUCUAUGUCCAAUUAUAUAUACUGUCUAUGAUUAGGACAAAUUUAUUUUUCAUUGUACAUAGUCAACAAAAAUGAAAAUAAUUCAAAACAUUUUAAAUUCUUCACAGUUGCCACCCUUUGGUUUGAUCACUGCUUUGCACUUUGCUCUUUCAACUGCCUAAAACUAAACUUGAAUCUAAAAUAUAAUCUAUAUUUUUAUUAAUUUACAUGUUUUUCUUUGCUUCACAACUUCAUACAUCGUGCUUCAUAUAUUUGAUUCGAUAUUUUUGGCAUGUAGGUUAGUAAGUAGUGACAUAAUCAUAAUUAAACUGAAAUGAGAAGUUAUGUCCAAACUUUUGACUGGUAGUGUAUUGUGUAAAAAAACUUCUGAAGUCAUGUUUUUGCUCAAAAUGAGGUAAAAACAAAAGGGAAUACACCCAGGCUAAGAAUAAAAGUGUUUAAUAGACAUCUUCAUUUCCAUAAUAUUGAUCAGUCGAGGGAACACUCAACCCACUAAAAGGCUUUUCUUAAUUACUCCACUAUAAUAAACUGUGCCAUUUUUUCCCAUUCAAGUAAAUUUAUAGUUUUUCAUUUUACUUUCUCUAUGUUCAACUGUCAAUACCAGCCAAAGCAUUUGAUUUUGUUUGAUUUAUACAAAUAUUUCUCAGUUAAAAUGCUGAUUCUGUAUGUGCCUAAUUUCGAGUUAAACUGUAUUUCUGUUAUGUUGUCACAUAUGUCAAAGUGCAUACCACGAUUUAUAUAAAGAAACUUGUCAUUUUGUUUUGCGCCAUUGAUAUCCAUUAUGUUUCAGUAAUCUUUUCAUUAAUAAAUCUAUUUG